AUGCCGCUCCUCUUCUUCGCGCUCGCCGGCUGUGACGGCUCACCUCUGUGUGGAGGGCUUUCCCAGCGCAACCAGUUUGUCCGCUUAGCUUGUAGUGUUACUAAUUUCCAAUCAUCUGCCAUGUUUGAGGGAUCUGAGUCCGCGAACACACAGGAAGUCAAAUCUGAGAGCACCCUUGGGUCCUCGCUCUCCGCCUGCAAGAAGGUUUUGUGCAGUAACAGUGUUCUGGAUUCGUCUGAGUACUGGCUGAAGAAUGAUAAGACGCUCUGCAGAAUUGGAUUUCUGGAGGACCAGCAUGACAGCGGCUGCCCGACAAUUUGCUUUGUAAACCUGGACAGACAUACUUCAGAUUGGCAUGAUGACAACUACAUCAAGAAGCUGGCCUCGGUGUGCCCAGAGCUGCCACGGUUAAUUGAGUCUCUCGGAGUGCGGCAACCCAAAGAAAAUGAGAUUCUGCUUCUCAGCAGCCUAGAGCCACCGGACUCCUGCCAGCAUGACCCCAGCCACCCACAG